UUUAGUCAUGUGAUUCUAUAGCUCUAGUCUAGCGGCUCUGCCGCUCGCAGCUCCCACAGAUGUAAGCAAUACAAAACAGCCCCCAUCUGCAGUGGUGACAUGGGAAAGUGGCAAGAAAUGACAAAGGAGGAGCUGGAAACUCAGUACUCCCCUAGCAAGUGGUCUCCAAGGGUGGUCAAGGAUGUGAUUGAGGCUCAUAUAGAGGCAACAACUGACGCUACCUGCAAAGCCCAGGCUGCCACCCAGACUCUGUUGAAUGUCCCUUAUGGGCUUGGAGAGGGAGAGAAACUUGAUGUGUAUCUUCCUAAAGAGCCAUCUCAAACCUUUCCCCUGGUCAUCUACAUUCAUGGUGGCUACUGGCAAUUGCUGAGCAAAGACGUUUCGGGCUUUGCUGCAGGGCCUCUAGUGACCCAUGGCAUUGCCUUGGCUGCAGUAGACUAUGACGUGGCCCCCAAAGGCAGGCUGGAGGAGAUGGUCCAACAGGUGCGGCGUAGUGUAGCUUUUGCAGUUCAACAAUAUACAGGGAUCAGUGGUAUUUAUUUGCUUGGACAUUCUGCAGGAGCUCACUUGGCAGCCAUGGCGCUUUCCACAGACUGGACAGAGUUUGAUGUUGUGCCAAACAUCAAAGGAGCCUUUCUAGUGAGUGGUUUGUAUGACCUGGAGCCUAUAAUACACACCUAUGUCAAUGAUGUACUGCACACAAGUUGGGAAGUGGCCCAAUUAAACAGUCCUUUGCGGUGUGCCCCUAAGUUGGAGGGCAGGAGGGGAUGCCCUGUGCUGAUUGCUGUGGCACAACACGACUCUCCUGAAUUUCGCAGACAGUCCUGGGAGUAUUGUGAGGCGCUACGCUCAGCUGGCUGGAGUGCCUCCUUGCUGGACAUUGCAGACACAGAUCACUUUGAUGUGGCUGAGAAACUCUCCCACGAGGACUAUCUUCUCACACAGGUUAUUUUGCAUAUGAUUUCAAGAGACUGAUGGGUUGGAAAGAGAUGAAGCCCUCAACCCCAAAUCUUUCUGCACCUUCGAUGAUCAUGCUGCGUCGUUCAUGUACACUUGUCCUACCUCCAAUGUGUUUCUGCCAGUGCCUUCAUAUUUCAAACUGAGAAUGGACUUCUCCAUUCUCCAAACUUCACUCUCCUUUCUCGACAACAAUUGUAGUCAAUCUGGAGAUUUCUUUCGAACAGACAUGAAAUGAAAUGCUGACGCCUACUCUUUCUGCUUGAUUUUCUCCAAAGUAUUGUUGAAGGGAACAUAGUUCCUUUCUUGCGGACUGCAUGAAAAUUACAUGGAGACAGCCUUUCAAGAAGACUUUGGAUUCCUCCCUCCUGAUCCUGUGAAAAACUUCCUUCCAGCUUACUGAAAACAUUAAAAUAAAAUUAGAG